AUGUCCCAAUUUACGUGCAUCAAUUGCGAUGCUCGUUUUGUCAACGCCGAUGUGCAGCGGGAGCAUUAUAAGACCGACUGGCAUCGUUAUAAUCUAAAGAGACGUGUGGCGCAGUUGCCGCCCGUAACAGCCGAGGAGUUCCAACAGCGCGUGCUGAGCGCGCGAAGCGCCACAGAAUCUGCCAUCGAGGAGCAACAGAUGAGUAUAUACUGCACAGCUUGCCGCAAACAGUUUGGCACACAGAAAGCCCAUGACAAUCAUCUAAAUAGCAAAAAACACAAGGAUUGCGUUGCACGAUUGGAGCAGGAGAAUAAGGAAGCAGCACAAUCCGAUUUGUGCGUCAAGAGCAAAGUGGAACAGCGUCCGCAUCCAGCUUUGGCAGCUGCUGCCGCUGGCAAGGGACGUCUGGCAUUUGCCGAGCGUGCAAUGCAAAUGGACGAUGAUGAGGCUGAUGAUGAUGAUGAAGACUUUGAAGAUAUUGAAGAGGAGGUGGUGGAUUCGGAUGAAUGGGAGAAGAUUGCCGAGAACCCAUUGACAGAGCGUGAUUGUCUAUUCUGCACAGAGCAAAGCGAAGAUCUGGUGGCGAAUCUUAAGCACAUGUCUGUAGCACAUUCCUUCUUCGUACCCGAUACCGAGUAUUGCACAGAUAUUGAAGGCUUGAUCUACUAUCUGGGCGAAAAGGUGGCCAAUUUUUUUAUUUGCUUGUGGUGCAAUGAUCGCGGCAAGACCUUUUACUCCCUGGAUGCGGUGCGCAAGCAUAUGGUAGACAAGGGCCAUUGCCAGAUGCUGCACGAAGGCGUAGCGUUGGCUGAGUAUGCCGAGUACUACGAUUACAGUGCCAGUUAUCCUGAUAAUCAAGAAGGCAUGGACAUCGACGAGGAGGUUGUGCCCGAUCUACUGGAUGGUGAUGAGUACCAGCUUGUGCUGCCUUCGGGCGCCGUCAUUGGUCAUCGCUCACUAUUGCGCUACUACAAGCAACGUUUGCGUCCCGAGCGCGCUGUUGUCCUAAAGAAAUCUGACCGCAAGCUGCAUCAUGUACUGAGCGAGUACCGUUCACUCGGCUGGACCCAGACACAGCAGCAGGCAGCGGCGCGCAAGGCACGCGACAUUCAUCUAAUGAAGCGCGUGCAAUCAAAGUGGAUGAUGAAGCUGGGCACCAAGGCUAAUAAGCUGCAGAAGCACUAUCGUGCUCAAGUGCUCAUAUAAAUGAAUUGAAUAAAAGUCGCAGCGGGGCGAGUGUUUUACCGCUUAAAUCAAGAAA